AUGGAUCUUACAAGAGCCCGGCCCGGCCCGAUUAACACAGACAAUCAUGGGCCCGCUAUCAAGUACAAAGGCGUCCGCAAGAGGAAGUGGGGAAGCUACGUGUCCGAAAUUCGGCUUCCCAAUAGCCGAGACCGAAUAUGGCUCGGUUCAUACGACACUCCCGAGAAAGCGGCUCGGGCCUUCGACGCGGCCCAGUUCUGCCUCCGAGGGCCCGAAUCCAAUUUCAACUUCCCGAACGACCCGCCAGACAUUCCGGGCCGAGAGGGCCUUGGCCCGGUUGAAAUCCAAGCGGCAGCCCAGCGGCACGCAAACGGGUUUCGGGCCGGGCCCGUUGACUUGGUCAACAACGAUUGGUCGUUUUUGGACACGUUGAAUGGGAAUUAUAGCGAGGAUAGUAAUACGGGCUGCAUUUUGGAUUACGGGCUUUUUCCCGGGCCCGAUGAUGUGUUCAUGCAACAAGGUUAUGGGCCUAUGAAUGAUGAGGAUUAUGGAGAGGAGGACAUUGGGCACCAAAAUUCCACGUAUUCACUUUGGAGUUUUUGA